AGAAUGCCAAAACAGUGUUACACAUGCUUACCAUGUGGCAGGUCUUGAAGUUAGGAUAUUCUUUGAGCUGAAAACAGUGAGUUUCAAUAAUUGAGGUGUUAAUUCAAAUUCAUUGAAGAAAAAGAAAAAGGACUAAAGUACACUUCUUUGAGCUGAUGGAGGGACUAAAGUACACUUUCUAAUGAAUAUAAAGAAAUUCCCUCAUAAAAUCAGUUCAAAUAUGUUUUCAAAAACAAGUGAGAAGUGAGAUGGAGAAAAAAAAAAGCAUAAUGAUAAUUAAGAAUCACAGAAUCCAAGAAAAAAUACAACUAAAAAAAAAAAAAGAAAAAGCAAAAGUUAGAUUAUAUAAAUAUCAUUCUUUGCCAAAAAGUAGGCUCCAUUCUCCAAAUUUGAAUAGAUAUACUGUAAGUCAUUUCAUUAGUGUUGAUUUUUGGUCUUUCCCACCUUACUUGGUCAUGAACCAGAUUUUGCUUUUUGGUCAAAACUCAUUAAAUGAAGAUGUGAAUGUGAUGUUUCUGAAUUAUGUGAAUGGUAAGAUUGUCGGUGCUUAGUACUAUACUAGUACGCAUUAUCCAUCAAGGAUAUUUAUCCAUCAGCUAGUGGACUUGUUUACUAGGCUUCUAAAAUGAAUGCUAUUGAAGAGGUUUUUCAACUCUCGAGAGCGAUGUUUGUGGUUGCCUUGCUCACCACGGUACCUGGAUACUGGUGCACGGUUUUCCUCAUUGACAAGAUUGGACGGUUCAGAAUUCAACUUGUUGGAUUUCUUGUAAUGUUUGCUUGUAUGUGGUUUCUUGAACGCAAGUAUAGAUCAUUCUGGGGAGAAUCUGAAUGCGGAAAAGAUGCGAAAUAUGAUUAUUGUAAAGGAAACCUUAUCAUGUUUGCUAUACUUUUUGGACUUACACUAUUUUUUGCUAACUUUGGACCUAAUAGCACUACAUUUAUAGUUCUGGCCGAGCUCUUUCCUGCGAGGUUCCGUUUGACAUGUCACGGGAUAUCAGCUGCGGCUGGAAAAUCAGGAGCUAUUCUUGGUGCUUUUGUGGUGCAAAGCUAUAUAGACAGUGCUCAUGAUAAAACAAAGGGGAUCAAGAAGGCUAUUAUGGCGCUUUUGGUCGUCAACUUGCUUGGAUUCUUUUGCACUUUCUUGGUGCCUGAAACACAAGGUCGAUCACUUGAAGAAAUCUCGGGAGAGGAGAAAGAAUUCGAGGAAAACAAUACUUCGAGCGAGGUGAAAAAUGAUGAAAAAGAGGGAACAAGAAACACUAGUUUUGAAUUGAAAUAAUCUCAAAGAUACUUUAUUGUACAACAACUUUUUAACAAAUAAAUCCUACAAUAUGAAAAGUAGAUGUUAUACUAUUUUUAUGUGGAAAAUGGAAUGACACCUCUUAGGAUGUAACGAAAGAGGGAAGAUAGAAGAAAUAGGAAGAAAAGAGAAGUAAAUCAAAAGAAGGAAAAAAUAAAAAAGAUAUACAGAGAAGUGUGAAUCAUGAGAAUUGCUGAACAGCAACUUGUUUGUUUGCACAC